GAGAUUUGAAAUGUUAAAAAAGCUGUAGAUUUAGAAUUAGAAAUGAUGAUCGAAAGCAGUAGCUUGGGAGAGAUACUUCUGAAGAUUGGGAUGUUCGCACUUGUUCAAGCGCUGGUCUACUUCAUCCUCUCCAAAUCAUCCUCCAUGUUCUCCAAUAACAUCCCUCCUCGCUCCCUUAGUUUCAGACCUGCUCGCUCUCUCAGUGUACGCCGAUUCUUGGCUGCUCUCUCUGACUUACCUGCCGGAGCUGAACCAUCACCUUCGUCAAGCGGAUCACAGCCUCAGCCACCAAUAACACCCCAGGAAGAAAAUUCUGCUGCGGGGAAUGAUUAUUUUAAACAAUCUUAG